AUGUAUCUAAAGUCGCUCCUGUAUUGGAGUGCUCUAGCCUCCCUUGCUGCGGCGAGGUCAGUGCCUAAGAGGAAUGGGCCAGCACCGCUUAUGCGGGCAAGCGACGAACAUCGAGUUCCGGGGAUGUAUAUUGUCAAGAUGAAGGACGGUUUCGUCGCGGCAGAUGCAGACCGUACAUUGACUACUCAUAUGAGCAGUGCCAAGCACAUGUAUGGCGCAACGAGCUUCAAAGGUUUCGCUAGUGCACUCGACGACGCAGCGCUUGAAUCAUUAAGGGCCAACCCUCAUGUCGAAUAUGUGCAAGAAGACUCGAAGGUUCACCUGUAUGAUUAUACCACUCAGGAGAAUGCGCCCUACGGCAUUGCCCGGAUAUCUCAUCGCAAUAAUGGAGACAAUAACUACGUUCGCGACUCGUCAGACGGCGAAGGGACCUGCGUUUACGUGAUCGACACUGGAAUCAAUGUUGACCACCCAGAUUUUGGCGGUCGAGCAUCUUGGGGGGCCAAUUUCGCCGACGAUGAGAAUAUCGACGGCGCAGGUCAUGGAACCUUCGUCGCAGGCAUCGUGGGCUCAAACUCCUACGGUGUGGCCAAGAAGACGCAACUGCUUGCCGUCAAAGUAUUCAAGAAUGACGGUACAACAGAUGGCAACAGCAUCAUUGCAGCGAUCGACUGGGUUGCGCAAGAUGCACCGAGCAGGGGCUGUCCUAAGGGCACCGUCGCCAACCUGUCGCUUGGUGGUGGGAGGAAUCAAGCCAGCAACGAUGCCGUAGCUGCUCUCGUGAAUGCAGGCACAUUCGUCGCGGUCGCGUCAGGCAACGACAAUGCAGAUGCUGAGAACACCUCGCCCGCCUCCGAGCCGUCUGUCUGCACUGUCUCCGCAAGCGACGAGAAUGACGCGAAGGCAAGUUAUAGCAACUACGGUGCUGUGGUUGACAUCUGGGCGCCGGGUAACGAUAUCGAGAGCACCUCGUACCAAGGUGGAUCAACUACAGCCUCAGGCACGUCGGCAGCUAGCCCCAUUGUUGCAGGCCUCGGUGCUUACUUGCUCGCUUUCGAGGGUUCACGAGACCCCGUGGCGCUUUGCGACCGCAUCAAGGAGCUCUCAACACAAGGCAAAAUUAGUGGUGUGGGAGAAGGCACCACCACUGCCCUAGCGUUCAACGGUAACCCCUCUGGAUAAUAUGUGGUAAAGUAAGUAAGAAUGACGAUGCUGCGUUGCGGCUGUGUUAUGUAGUUCUCGAAGCAUGGCUGGAUAAUACCACAUGGGCUGUAGGGCGAAAGUGGUGCUGCCUAGAUACUCUGGCUGGAAAUGAUCUGCAUUAUGCUGUAAAAUAGACGAUGAUACCAUGGGCAGAAGCCAUGAGGAGUAAAACACCCAAGCCAAAUAUCCUAACGAAAGAACAUGGGGCCAAUACUCAAUGACCCCAACAAAG